AUGGGUGGUAAAGCCUGGUCAGAUGAGGGCAGUAGCAUGGGCCCUGACCGUCAUGCACGUGAUGUGGAGAGUCUGGACCGCUACGCCAUGGAGCGCUGGGAGGUCAUUCUACACUUCAUGGUGGGCUCCCCCAGUGCUGCCGUCAGCCAAGACCUCGCCCAGCUACUCUCCCAGGCUGGACUUAUGAGGAGUGAGGUGGGUGACGCUCCCUGUAUCACAUCCUCUGGCUUCCAGUUCCUGCUGCUGGACACGGCAUCCCAGCUUUGGUACCUCACCCUGCAGUACCUCAACACUGCCCAGACUAGAGGAAUGGACCUAGUGGAGAUUCUGUCCUUCCUGUUCCAGCUUAGUUUCUCCACCUUAGGACGGGAUUACUCCGUGGAGGGCAUGAGUGAGUCUCUGCUCACUUUCCUGCAGCACCUGCGCGAGUUUGGCCUCGUCUUCCAGAGGAAGAGGAAGUCCAGGAGGUACUACCCGACGCGUUUGGCCAUCACCCUGUCUGCUGGUGUCACCACCACCAACCUCUCCCUUACACCUAUGUCGGGUAUUGGGCCUACUCCUGGCACGGGAGAUUCUGGCUUCAUAAUUGUGGAAACCAACUAUCGCCUCUACGCUUACACAAACUCUGAGCUGCAGAUUGCUCUGGUGGCCCUGUUCAGUGAGAUGCUCUAUAGGUUUCCUGAUGUGGUGGUGGCGACGGUCACCAGGGAGUCGGUGCAGCAGGCCAUCGCCAACGGCAUCACUGCACAGCAGAUCAUACACUUUCUGCGGACCAGAGCACACCCGGUCAUGGUGAAACAGACUCCAGUCCUCCCAUCCACCAUCACAGAUCAAAUCAGACUGUGGGAACUUGAAAGGGACCGGCUGCAGUUCACAGAAGGAGUGCUGUAUAAUCAGUUCCUUUCCCAGGCGGACUUUGAGGUGCUUCGAGACAGAGCUCAGGGAUUGGGGGUGUUGGUGUGGCAGAACCCUGCCAACAGAGUUAUGGUGGUGUCGCCCAAUGGGCACAGCGAGGUGAAGAAAUUCUGGAAGAGACAGAAAAGUCAUACUUAAUAGACCCAGCACACUUACACCCACAUUUACCCAGAGUGAGUCAAGGACGCGUAUAUGGACAGAUGAAAUUGUGCUUGGAAUAGAGAGGAGGACGAGUAGGAGUGUGAAGGACAGAGACGCUCCAGGCUCAUCUUUUCAGAAGAAGUUGGUGAAAGACACCCAAGCCAGACGAGAGGCUAAACACCUGCUCACAGCUACAGAACACAGCUAAUUAAGUUGUAACUGGUCUUAUCAGUUUAUGAUUAUGACUGUAAAAGAGUGACAGUAAAACAGCGAAGCCCCAAAUGUGGGUGUACCCCACAAUAAUGUACAUUUAUGGAGGAAUAAGGAAAUAUACACGGGCUAUAAUCAAUUUUGAUAUCAAGAGAAAGACUUUCAUACAGCCAUAUUUUUGUUACUGUUGUUAAUUUUAUUUGUAAAUGUGUCAAAUAAAUAAUUUGGAAAUGCA